AUGCUUGGAUUGGAAUCUAUUUUUGGCGUUUUAUCAAUUUUACUUCUGUGUAUUUUCGAAAACCGUCACAAUGCUAUGACUUCAAUUUCUUUCCGUUUUCAAACUAAAUUCCAAAAAUGCGUUUUUUACCUGGCCAAUUUUAUUUUUCAAAUAACUUUGUUUGUUUUGAAUUUGCCAACUGAUAUCGACACUGAGAAAAAUAAACUGGAUAUUUUGAAAAAUAUUAUCAACUGCCCUGAUCCGUUAUUUUUCAAAUCGUCAACUCAUUUGAUAACUCUGCAACCUUUUCAAGUUGCUGCUGCAAUUCUUAUAUGUUUGAUGGUUAUUGGUAUUCAAGGAACUUUUUUCGUUUUACAUUCCGUUUAUCAUCUCAUAUUUUUCAUUGAUACAAGAGUAUCUAAACAAACAAGAUCUCUUCAAAAAAUAUUCAUUCGGAAGUGAGUUUAAUUUUCUUUCAUCGAGCUUAGAAUUUAGAGUUCACACCUUUAAAAUUUUCAGCCUUUUGAUUCAAGUGAUAACACCUUUAACAAUUGUUGGAAUCCCGUUAUUUAUUACAAUUGCCUGUACAUUUCUCGGAUAUCAAAGUCAAGUUUUAGCUUGUCAUACAUUUUUAGCACUUGGAACGCAUGGAACAAUCGGAUCAUUGGCUCUCAUUUUCUCACAUUAUGAUUAUCGGCAAUACACUUUGAAACUUUUUCGAUGUUCAUCAAAAGUUCACUUGAAGCCAACUAUUGAAACUAGUUUUGUGAUUUAA